AUGAAGCAACCUAAGUCCAAACCAAGCAGCAAUGAAGUAAGUGACUGCAAGAAACUGGACAACACUCGACUACAUACUCAAGUCCAGGUCCAAGACGAUGAAAACUACACAGAAGAAAAUAAGAGCGAUGUUUGUCGCCAAAAGCAAGAAGAUCAUUACUACCUACAACUGAAUCUACCAGAGCAGGACGACCAACGACAUGACUGCGACCAACGUGAGGAGUCCUUUGAUCAAAAUGGCCAACGAGAGGACCUCUGUGGCCAGUGUGACGUACGCGAUGAUUCCCUUAAUCAAUAUGACCAACGAGAUGACGAACGACAGGACCACUUAGACCGGUAUGACCAACGCGAGGACCCUUUUGAUGAAUAUGACCAACAAGAUGACCAAGGAAAAGCUCUCUAUGACCAGUGUGACCAAAGCGAGGACUUGUUUCACCAACAAGAUCUCUUUGACUAUUAUGUCGUGGAAGUAGAUGACUUCUAUGAUCAAUAUGAUCAACUGGAGGACUUAUAUCAUCAGUGUAACAAACGAAAAAAAUAUUAUGGUAAUUUUCAUAAAGAAAAGCAAUUAUUUGAUUCCUAUGAUAAACGAAAUAACUUCUUUCAUCAGCAUGACAAACAAAAGGACUUUGUUGAUCAGUAUGACAAACAAGUAGACGUCUUUGGACAAUACGAUGAAGAGGACUUCUCUGACCAGUAUGACGAUGAAGAUGAGGUGGUUGAAGGAUUUGAACAGUCUAACCAACAAGAGGACGUAUUUGGACAGUAUGAUGAACAAAAUGACGUCUUUGGAGAGUAUGAUGAACAAGGUUACGUCUUGGAAGAGUAUGAUUACGAAGAAGACGAUCUUGAACAAUUUGACGAACAAGAUGACUUCUCAGAUCAGAUUGAGCUGAAAGAUGACCUCUCUGUCCCUGAUCGAUCUGACGAGGAAGAGGACUUCUCGGUCUCUGACCAGUCUGACCAAGAAUAUGACUACUUUGAUGACUUCUAUGAUGACUACUUUGGUGACUUGUAUGAUGAUUUCGUUGAUGACUUCUCGGACGUGUCAGAAGAUAGCUAUGACGAUAUAACGGACGAAUUCUUUGGCUAUGAUGUGUAUGACGAUCGAGAAGAUCGGUCAAGUGGCCCGCGUGUGCACCUUAGAAGUGAUGGGUUAUACUUUGUUUGGUUUUUACGGUACUGA